UCAUACGUUCCUUUUCAGAAUUGAAGUUCUGAACCUUACGAUGCGAUGAUGACAAAGAGGAGGAAGUGCCAGCGCGUGAGCGCCGUGUUUUUCAAACUGUUAGAAAGACAGAACCGGCACAACGACGCAUCGCUUUUGAUUUUGUGCAUGACGGAACAGCAACAGCUGGAGAAUAAGUUCAUAUCUCUUUCACUUGCGUCUUUUCCUGCCGAGGCUGUACUGGCACGAACAACGAAAUUUGAUAUGCAACAUAUUAGUGCACGACGAAAUGGUCGUAGACGGCGCAGCCUCUUGCAUGUUUCCGCGUGGGGACAGGGGAGCUCGUACUCUGGCAUGAAGAACCUAUCCGCCAGAAGCUCGCUCCUGUGAUCGAGCUAAAAAAAGCUUUCUCAGCACAAUUGUUUGUGAUGCCUAAAUGCACUAUAUCUACUCGACGUUGGCACUACUUAAUCAGUGCGAUCCUCGUUUGACACACCUCACUCGCUUGGUCAGAGUGGAACUUCUACCGGCAGACGCCGACGCCCUCGUCUGCGCAGGUUUGGCUUCGCUGCGAAUUUUUCGAGCCUGUCAUGCAUGUUGAUGCUGCUACUAUGCAUUUACAAGAUAUGUUGAUGACCAGAGGAGCGGGUCUUUAUUCUCUUCAAGAAAAAGUAGAAGAUCACACCAGCACUGCAGCUCCCUCUCCUGCUUGUGAGCGCAUCAACUCAGAAGUUCCAGUUGGAAGUGAAACAGAUGACACUACAGGAGAAGACGAAAGGCUAAAGCUAAUAUUCGGAAAAAUAAAAAGAGUAUCUACCUCCACGCUGCGGAGAUGAAUAUCUCAGUGAUUUCAUGUGAGAAAGAUGGUGGAGAACUGAACUAAGAACGAGAGCACUGUGCUGGCAUGAGACAAAAGCAAACGAGAAAAGAGAGUUCGUCAGUCAAAUGAAUUGAUGCAGCAGAAGGCCUGUUGGGUUCGCUUAAUGCAGAAAAGCGGACUUAAUGAGAGGACACUUUUGAGAUGAUGAAGCACAAUCUGUGCAAAAUCUUCGAGCACC